UUUUAAAAAAAUUUUUUUUUUAAUUUUGUUGUAAUAGAAUAAAAAAAAAAAUUUGAAAUGAUGACUGCUACAUUUAGCGAUCCUGCGAUCCAUCGUGUGAUGAGCACCAGUGCUCUUCGCAUUCCUCGACAGCGAUAUUCAUUUUGGACAAGACAUGCGGAGGAUAUGAUAGUGACCCCGUUUGCCCAGAUUUUAGCAUCAUUACGCAGUGUUCGUAAUAAUUACAUCAACUUAACCAACGUGACAAACAGCAAAGAAAGAACUCGUAGAGGUUCAGGUCAGCAUGCCAGCCAUGUUCCAGCACCACAACCACAGUCUCCACAGCGUCAAAAUAUGCAGAAUCUCUCCCCUGGAGGAAACAAAACAUCAGAAGAACUUAAUUACCAUAAACUAGCGAUGGAAACUCUUGAAGAACUUGAUUGGUGCUUGGAUCAGCUUGAGACGAUACAAACACACCGGUCUGUUAGUGAUAUGGCAUCUAGUAAGUUUAAACGGAUGUUAAACAGAGAAUUGAGUCAUUUUGCAGAAUCGAGUAAAUCAGGAAAUCAGAUAGCAGAGUAUAUAUGCAGUACAUAUCUAGAUAAGCAACAGGAAUUGGAUCUACCAACAUUAAAGGUUGACCCAGUUCAUCAAGUGGCAGAGACUGUAGAACCAAAUCGACCUAUGUCCCAGAUCUCCGGUGUAAGGAAGCUUAAACACGCCAACAGUUUUACCGGUAUCGUUCCACGAUAUGGAGUAGAAACUCCACAUCCACAGGAAUUAGCAAAGUAUUUAGGUGAGAUAGAUAAAUGGGGAGUUGACAUGUUUAAAAUAGCAACAUACUCGAAUAACAAACCCCUUACAGCUGUUGUCUACACCAUAUUUCAGGACAGAGAUUUAAUGAAAACGUUUAAAAUCCCUGCACCGACAUUAGUAACGUACUUGCUGCAUCUCGAGGAACAUUAUCAUAAUGAUGUGCCAUACCAUAAUUCCAUCCACGCAGCAGACGUCACUCAAUCGACACAUGUUCUACUCUCUGUACCAGCUUUAGAGAAUGUAUUCACAGAUUUAGAAACGUUAGCGGCAAUCUUUGCGUCUGCAAUUCACGAUGUUGAUCAUCCAGGUUUAACAAACCAGUACCUUGUGGCAUCAGGUUCAGAAUUAGCGUUGAUGUAUAACGACGAAUCUGUUUUAGAGAAUCAUCAUUUGGCUGUAGCGUUUAAACUUCUACAAGAAGAAAACUGUGACAUUAUCGCUAACUUGGGUAAAAAACAACGCCAGACGUUUCGUAAAAUGGUGAUUGACAUGGUUCUAGCUACAGACAUGUCUAAACAUAUGACGUUACUGGCUGAUCUUAAAACUAUGGUGGAAACGAAGAAAGUGGCUGGAUCUGGUGUUUUAUUGCUCGACAACUACACAGAUAGAAUCCAGGUUUUACAGAAUAUGGUUCACUGUUCAGAUCUGAGCAAUCCCACAAAACCUUUAGAAUUAUAUAAAAUGUGGACAGAUAGAAUAAUGAACGAGUUUUUUGAACAAGGUGAUGCUGAACGAAGGCGUGGUUUAGAUAUCAGUCCGAUGUGUGAUAGACAAACAGCAACCAUUGAAAAAUCUCAGGUUGGAUUUAUAGAUUAUAUUGUUCAUCCGCUAUGGGAAACGUGGGCCGAUCUUGUAUAUCCAGACGCUCAAGAUAUCUUGGACACCUUAGAAGAUAAUCGUGAUUGGUUCCAGAGUAUGAUCCCCAUCAGUCCUUCGUCAAGUUUCUGCACUAAGAGAGGCGACGACGGAGAGGAUGGUGACGAGAAGGAGGAGGAAACAAAGUUUCAGUUCCCCAUGGAUGACGAGGAUAAAGGGAAGGGGGAUUCUAGUAAUAAAGACACAUUAGUGAUUCGAGUCACCGAUAGUCACAAGGACUCGAAAGGCUCAAAGGAUAACAGACAUUUGGACAAGAAAUGAAGCAUGUGAUAGCUCUCCUAACUCUUUGUUUUAGGGAGUCUCUUAGAGAGGUCAUUUGUAUGGUCACCAUAGUAACGUCAUCUUAAAGAGCAUGCUCUAAUUUACAGAGUGGUUUUGUUAUAUAUCAUGAACCGCUGGCUCCAUCUCAGGGAGUGUUAAUUCUAGUGGAAUGCCAUGGUGGUGUUUUUUUCUUACCUAAAACUUGUGUCAGGUAGAAAAAUGGCGAACACGUUUUAUGAAUUUUUACAAACUUAUACUCAAUAAGGAGAAGGUAACUCUUAAACUGAUAAACUGUCGAGUGUCAUCAAUGCGACUAUGAGUACCUAUAGUGAAGUGAUAAACUGAUGCAUUGUGCUGUGGAAUAGAAAAGAACUGUUUUAUUAAAGUGCAUAUAUAUAUAUAUAUAUUAUAUGACGUUACGGUUGCUUUGAUAGUAUUUGAACAAUUAUCUGCCAACUGACUCAUUUGAAUGUGUGCUCCCUAAAUAAUGAACGAUGGCCAUUUUGUGUAUUUGAACAGAUUUGAGCUGAUUUGAUUGGUCAGGUGAUCAGUAUGGACUCUUUGGACUGACCAAUCGUAUUUGUCUCGGCUUAAUUAAUUUAUCUGUGGUUAUUUAUACGAUGUUUUUACGUUUCAACUAAACUGUGAUACAUAGUGUUUAAAUUCCCCCAGUUUGUUGAAAUAAUUAAUAAUAAUUAAUAAUUAAUUAAUAAUUAAUGAUUGUGAAUUAAUCGAUGACUUGAUUGAAUGAAUAACAUAGAUUAGACGAUUCUUCAUUAAUUAACACGGAUCUUUCGAAAUGGACUCUUAAAAAAAUUACUUUUUAAGUUAAUAUUGUUUGUUUGUUGUUACUAGUGUUGUUACGGAAUUUGUUAACUUUUAACCAAGAAAAAAUAUUCGUUUGUGUUUUUCAUUCCAUUCUAUGUGUUGAAUAAAUGCGCGUGUAAAUGUGAGCGUGUGUGUGUGUGUGGAUGGAAGUGAAGCGUGAUUCAGGGAUGUGUGAGAUUAUUAUUAGCAUCUUGUUUGUUUGUUUAUUUAUAUUUAUUUCAUCAAAGCAUGACCUAACUAACUCACAUUAAUUUAACAAAUUGUUUAAAAGCAAGGGUUUCAAAUUACGUCGUUGUAUCUCUACUUCAAUGAGUCGUCAGAAAACGUAAAAUUAAUUCUUAUUUAUAGAACUCUGACAGGAUUGUUCUGUUUUAUUUAUUUCAUCCAAAGUUAACAAAAUUUGUUGUGACUUGUUUAUCUCCCCCCAACCCAACCACCCCCGACCCCGACACACCCUCUGCCCCUAAAUCCUUACAAUCUCCCCAUCGUUAUCCCCUUCUUUCCAGACCCUUGUUUUGUACUUAACUGUGAUAUAAACUGACUUUGUUAUUUAAGUUUAAAAUAAAUCGUGACAAAAACAAGGAAGAAUUUUGGGUGACUGUCUGAUUAAAAUAUCAUUGAAAGACAGACAUAAGAUACUGUUUAAAAAAGUAAAAAGGGAUAAAAACAGGAGUUCCGUUAAGUAUCUGAUCAGACUAUCAGUGCUGGCGUUAAAUCCUUGAGGACAUUAUAACAAGUCAAAACACCCUUUUGUAUAAUGAAUAAUAGAUGUUUUCGAUCUUCUAUUGGCAAAUCAUUCAAUAUUAUUUACAACCCUGGUAUUUUGACUUGACCUUGGUUUUUAUUUUUAUCAAUGGGAAGUCAAGAGAAAAUUUCUUUACGAAAUAAGCCUAUCCCUCGAGUCAGGAUAUUCAAAUUUAUACAUAAGUUUAUUAUCAAAUUUCAUUUACCAGAUUUUUGGGUUGUUACAAACACUCUAAGAGAAGUUGAAUAGGGACAUUUUUGUUCCGGCUUUCAAAUUCGUAGAAAUUAUUUUACCCAUGUAAAUGAGGUUUUAAUUGGUCACCCAUGUCAUACCAUUUAGUUCUUUCAAAUUUUCUGUAAUCUGAUUCAUCCUAGUUGAUUUAUAUCCUUGAGUUAACUUGCUCACAUAAUAAAAAAACACCGAAAUUUAUUUAUAAACGUAAUGAAAUGAAUUAUCUGGAUUGAAUUCAACAGGAUAUCCAGACUUAGCUCAUACAUAUUCCUUGAAAAGAUUUGAUCCAGGAUACACCUUCAACUACCAGACGUAUUCUCUGAAAUUUUUGAUUCGGUUAAUGCAUUUUAAUUUUAGCUGAUUUAAGGCUGAUCACCUGCAUACAUGAAUGAAAGAAUUUGACUAUAUUUAACUACCGGUAUAUAUGCAUAUUUAAACCAUAGAAAUCUUGUGAAAAAUAAACCUGAAUGAUUGUAACGAAAACUCAAACAUAUCAUUUUGUUAUUAUAAUAAAUUAUUUGUUUCUUCCCCUUGUUGUCGUGGUCAUCCAUGUCACUGGUUGUUUUCUUUUUUUUACUAAAAAUUGUCAGACCCUCUCUGACAUAUUUAUUUCUAUCUCUAGAUCUGGUCCGUUAUUUAUUCUAAUUACUAACGUCUCUUUUUAUAUAAAAAUAAAAAUUGUUGUUUUUGAAAAUGCUGUUACGUGUAAAUUCAGAAAGCAAGACUAUCUUUCAAGUCAAUGAUCGUCAUUCGUAUUUUUUCGGAGAAUAUCAAAUUUUUAUUUCCUGAUCAACUCCAAAAUCUAUUCAAAUUGAUUAUUUGAGUAUGAAAACAAAAACAAGUUAAUAAUUCAUCUUAUGGUUGUAAAUUCUGAAUCAUAUUUGACUUGUACACCUUUAAGAGAUUCAAUUUUUACAAUAUUGUAGUUUGCAUGGGAUAAAUAAAAAGUCCCUCGAAUGACGAUCAGGACUGAAAUUGAAUGUUUUAUUAUAAAUUAACGACAUUACUGACUGAUGAUGAUAUAAAAGGAAUAAUUAGUUUGUUAUUUAAAGAUGUUUAUUUCACAUAGUUGUCAACCCAUUUCUAAUAAACCUUUUUAAAAAACUGGAUUUUUUUUAGAAAAACCAGUCAUUUAACCAAGUGGAGAAUAAAAUUCUUACAAAUCCA